AUGUAUACCACAACAAUAGUGAAUCGUAAAGAACGUCCAAAUCAUUUAAUUGUUGAUGAUUCAAGUAAUGACGAUAAUAGUGUUGUUGAAUUAUCACAACAAAAAAUGGAUGAAUUACAAUUAUUUCGUGGUGAUACUGUAAUGGUCAAAGGUAAAAAACGUCAUGAAACAAUAUGUAUUGUUCUUGCCGAUGACAAUUGUUCAAAUGAACGUAUUCGAAUGAAUCAUGUUGUACGAAAUAAUUUGCGCGUACGUCCUGGUGAUACUGUUUCAGUUCAAGCUUGUUCAGAUGCAAGAUAUGGUAAACGUAUAACAGUUUUACCUAUUGAUGACACUGUAGAAGGAAUGACAGGAAACUUAUUUGAAGUUUAUUUAAAACCAUAUUUUAUUGAAGCUUAUCGACCGGUGAAAAAAGGUGAUACUUUUAUUACACGUACAGGUAUGCGUGCUGUAGAAUUUAAAGUUAUUGAUACUGAUCCAAGUCCAUAUUGUAUUGUUGCACCUGAUACAGUGAUACAUUGUGAAGGUGAUCCAAUUAAACGUAAAGAAGAAGAAGCUUUAUUGAAUGAAAUUGGUUAUGAUGAUAUUGGUGGUGUAAGAAAGCAAUUAGCAGAAAUUAAAGAAAUUGUUGAAUUACCAUUGAGACAUCCACAGUUAUUUCAAACGAUCGGUUUUAAACCGCUAGAAGGUAUCCUUUUAUAUGGACCACCGGGCACAGGUAAAACUUUAAUUGCACGUGCUAUAGCAACUGAAACAGGUGCAUUCUUUUCCUUAAUUAAUGGACCGGAAAUUAUAUCUAAAUCAGCUGGUAAAUCCGAAUCAAAUUUACGAAAAGCUUUUGAAGAAGCUGAAAAAAAUUCUCCAGCUAUUAUUUUCAUUGAUGAACUCGAUGCCAUUGCACCAAAACGUGAAAAAACACAUGGUGAAACUGAACGUCGUAUUGUAUCACAAUUAUUAACAUUAAUGGAUGGUCUUAAACAACGUUCAAAUGUUAUUGUUAUGGCAGCAACAAGUCGACCAAAUGCAAUUGAUCCAGCACUUCGUCGUUUCGGUCGUUUUGAUCGUGAAGUAGAUAUUGGCAUACCUGAUAGUAUUGGUCGAUUAGAAAUUCUUCGUAUACAUACAAAAAAAAUGAAAUUAAGUGAUGAUGUUGAUCUUGUACAAAUCGCUAAUGAAACACAUGGUUAUGUUGGUGCUGAUAUAGCAUCAUUAUGUUCGGAAGCUGUUUUACAACAAAUUCGAGAAAAAAUGGAUGUUAUUGACUUAGAAGAUGAUACAAUUGAUCUUAAAAUACUUUAUUCAUUAGCUGUUACUCAAGAUAAUUUUCGGUUUGCACUAAGUCGAUCAAAGCCAUCUGCAUUACGUGUAACAGCUGUUGAAAUACCAACAACAACAUGGCAAGAUAUUGGUGGUUUAGAAAGUGUUAAACGUGAAUUACUAGAACUUAUUCAACAUCCGGUUGCAUAUCCGGAAAAAUUUCUCAAGUAUGGUAUGACACCAUCACGUGGUAUUCUUUUCUAUGGACCACCUGGUUGUGGUAAAACAUUAUUAGCAAAAUUUAUUGCUAGUGAAUGUCAAGCAAAUUUUAUUCCAGUUAAAGGUCCAAAAUUAUUAACUAUGUUAUCGGGUGAAUCCGACAGUAAUGUACAUGAUAUAUUUGAUAAAGCUCGUCAAACAGCACCAUGUGUACUCUUUUUUGAUGACUUAGAUUCCAUUGCAAAAGCUCGAAGUGGUAGUGAUGGUGAUGGUACAGCUGAUCAUGUUAUUCAUCAAAUUUUAACUGAAAUGGACGAUAUGGAUCCAAAGAAAAAUGUUUUUAUUAUUGGUGCAACCAAUCGACCAGAUGUUCUCGAUCCAGCUAUUUUUCGAUCAGGUCGUCUUGAUCGAUUAAUUUAUAUUCCAUUGCCUGAUGAGAAAUCGCGUGUGGCUAUUUUAAGAGCUGCUUUAAGAAAAUCACCUGUAGCAGAAGAUGUUGAUAUAAAUUUAUUGGCUCGUGUAACCAACGGUUUUAGUGGUGCUGAUUUAACAGCAAUUUGUCAAGGUGCUUGUAAAUCAGCAAUCCGGGAAUCAAUUGAAAAAGAAAUUAAUCGUGAAAGAGAACGAUAUCGUCGAGGACAAACAGCAAUCGAUGCAGAUGAAUUUGAUCUAGUACCAGAAAUUCGUCGAGAUCAUUUUGAAGAAGCUAUGAAAUUUGCUCGACGAUCAGUUAGUGAUAAUGAUAUACGUAAAUAUGAAAUAUUUGCUCAAACAUUACAACAAUCACGUGGUUUUGGGUCACAAUUUCGUUUUCCUGAUCAACAACAACAACAACCAUCACAAGGUACACAUCGUCGUCAAAAUAAUAAUGACGAUUUAUAUAAUCAAACAAGAAUUGUCAGUUUCGAAUAA